AUGUGUAAAAUUGCAUUACCUUCACUCUUAACUGCAGCAGACAUUAACAAGAAGAAUGGGGAAGAUGUGAAAUACCAAAAACAUAUACCCACCAGUGUCUACGUGGCGAAGCCUGAUCCUUUGGUCUUGCCUCCAAGUCUUUCCACUUCCCUCGAUUUCGAGUCUGUAAACGCAAUCGAGAAAGAUCAUAAAACGGUCUCACCUCCAGUAAUCUCCAGUGUCAGAUUCCCCAUCACUGCCAAAGCAACUAACCUGCAUAUUUUGUCUUUUGUGAGUGCAAACCAGAUACCAACUAUGACCCAUAUACGGCAUAGAAUUACAUCUCCGCAGAACAUCUUAGAGAAAUCAUUAACAUACCCAGUAGCUGUUAGAAUCAUCAACAUUAGGAAAACCAGUCACAGACUGCUGGCCACUGCCAGAGCCAUAAGAUUCAUCUACCCCAAACCUCCUCAAGACAAUCGAUUAGCAGUAGUCACUUGCCUGAACACCUUCCGAGGCCGCAGAAACUGGAGUCGUCGCAUAAUCGGAGUCGAGCGUCAGCAGCAGGAAAAUCGCGAGGCCGAAAAAAGAGACAGCCAUCACUAG